UCUGCUGUUGUUGAAAAUCCACACCAGACAGAUGCAUUUCCUCUGCUGCGGCUCUGCCAGGACUCCACUUUAAAAACUUCCAGCCUCCAUCUGAGAGGAAGAAGCUUUCCAGACCUCCUCAGCACAAACUCAUCCUUUUGUUCUCUUCCACAACACAUCCCUCUCAUGUCCUCUGAGACGUGGGACAGUUGACGCUGUGCAUGUGCAGGUCAGAUGUUGGAGUCCACAGUUACUUUUACGACGACAGUUUGAGAAUCAAAGCUCUUCCUGGAGUCUCAGUCUAGUGUUGGCGUGGAUCAGAUGAGGGCUGAUGUGCUGAUCAUCUGGGUCAGUUUGACCCUGUGCUGCACACUGGUCUGUGCAGGAGAAGAGCUCGAUGGACACAGACUCUCCAGUGAUCAGGUUCAGGUGAGAGAAACCAGAGGACGGGUCAAACACCGGAGACCAGAGGAGGAUGGAGGUGAUGUUCGGAUGUCAGAUGAGCCUGCUGAAGUGGCAGAAGCAGACAAGACAAAGCCAAAGAAGAAGAAAACCCCCGAGGAGAUAGAAGCAGCCAGAGCAAAGAAAGUCGCAGAGAAGGAGGCCAAAGCUAAGAAGCAGAAAGCUCCAAAGCCUACCAAAAAGCCCAAGCCCCCCAAACCCACUAAGAAACCCAAACCACCAAAACCCAGCAAGAAGCCAAAGGUGCCCAAACCUACCAAGAAACCAAAUCCAACGACGACAGUGCUGCCACAGACCAAAUCUCCUCCUCUGGAGAAGGAAGAGGAGAAACUGCCGCUUGAACUGGACUGGGACACUCUCUUUCGACCUGUGACCCCAGUGGGGCCCGGAUGGGAAGAGCCUGUUGAACCAGACUUGGUUCUCCCUGGUCGUCACCCUGACAGGAAACACACCACAACCACCGAGGUCAUCAUGUACAUACCAGAGGAGACCGCCACUGUUCCAUAUCAAUACCCCUGGUAUGAAGAGUAUGAUUACAAUGACUUGGCCGCCAAGAAACAAGAAGAAGAGGAGGAGAGAGCUCGAAAGGAAAAGGCAGAAAAAGCCGAGCGACUGAGGAAGCAGUGGGAGGAAGAGGAGGAGGAGAGGCUGAGGCUCAUGUCUGUGCCUGUGGAACCAAAGAAGUGUCCCCCACUGGGUUUGGAAUCUCACCGCGUGGAGGACGACCAGCUGCGAGCCUCCUCUCAGUCUCACUAUGGCUUCACAGCUCAGAGAGGACGACUCAACAUGCAGGGUACGGACGAUGACGACGAUCUGUUCGGCGGCGCGUGGUGUGCAGAAACGGAGGAGCGUAACCAUUGGUUUGAGGUGGAUGCGCGGCGAGAGGUGGAGUUCACCGGGGUCAUCAGUCAGGGAAGAAACUCAGAGCAACAUGAGGAUUUUGUGUCGUCGUACUACGUGUCCUUCAGUAACGACAGCCAUGACUGGACUGUACUUCACGACGGUUACGCUGAAUGGCUUUUCUAUGGAAACGUGGACAAGGACACGCCGGUGAUGAACCUGUUUACCAUCCCUGUGGUGGCGCGUUACAUCCGCAUCCUGCCUCAGAGCUGGAACGGCAGCCUGUGUCUCAGAGCUGAGAUCCUGGCCUGUCAGUUCCCCACCAUUUAUCAAAGUGAAAAUGAAGUGAACUCAACAGACGACCUGGACUUCAGACACCACAAUUAUAAGGAGAUGAGACAGAUGAUGAAGACGAUAAAUGAAGAGUGUCCCAACAUCACCAGGAUUUACAACAUCGGCAAAAGCUCUCAGGGCCUGAAGAUGUAUGCUAUGGAGAUCUCUGACAACCCAGGAGAACAUGAGACAGGUGAACCGGAGUUCCGAUACACCGCUGGUCUCCAUGGUAACGAGGCACUGGGCCGAGAGCUUCUCCUCCUGCUGAUGCAGUUUCUGUGCAAAGAGUACAACGACGACAACCCCAGAGUGCGCCGCCUGGUGGACGGCGUGAGAAUACACCUGGUGCCCUCACUCAACCCCGACGCUUACGAGCUGGCCUUUGAAAUGGGCUCAGAGAUGGGGAACUGGGCACUGGGCCACUGGACCGAAGAGGGUUACGACAUUUUCCAGAAUUUCCCAGACCUCAACAGCAUCCUGUGGGGCGCGGAGGACAGAGGCUGGGUUCCUCGUAUCGUGCCCAACCAUCACAUUCCCCUCCCAGAAAACCAUCUUAACUCCUCUAUGGCCACUGAGACCAAAGCCAUCAUUUCUUGGAUGCAGCGCAACCCAUUUGUGCUUGGAGCUAAUUUACAAGGAGGAGAAAAACUGGUCGCAUACCCUUUCGACAUGCAGCGCCCGCCAGUUUCAUUAAACGACAACAGGCGAUGGAGGAGCAACGGCGACAUGAACGAGGAGACGUGGGCUCGCAUUCAGCGGCAGAAUGAGGGAGCGCCGAGGGAGACGCCGGACGACACCAUGUUCCGAUGGUUGGCCAUGUCGUACGCCCACAGCCACCUGACCAUGACUGAGACCUACCGAGGCUCCUGCCACGGCGAUGAUGUCACGGGGGGGCAGGGAAUCGUCAACAGAGCCUCCUGGAAGCCGAUGGUCGGCAGUAUGAAUGAUUUCAGCUACCUGCACACCAACUGCUUUGAGCUUUCCGUAUUUUUGGGCUGUGACAAGUUUCCCCAUGAGAGUGAACUUCCCCUGGAGUGGGAGAACAACCGCGAGGCUCUGCUGUCCUUUAUUGAACAAGUACAUCGAGGGAUAAAGGGAGUAGUGAGAGACGUGGAGGGAAAUCCGCUGCCCAACGUCACAAUAUCUGUGGAGGGAAUACGCCAUGAUGUCACAACUGCUGCAGGUGGUGAUUAUUGGCGACUCCUGAAUCCAGGGGAGUACAAGGUGACGGCCAAAGCUGAGGGCUACACGCCUCAGACCAGACUCUGCAUGGUGGGUUAUGACGCCGGAGCGACUCCAUGUGGAUUCGCUUUGGCCAGAUCCAACUGGGACCGCAUCAAACAGAUCAUGGCGCUGAAUGGCAACAGGCCCAUUCGACUGGUCCCCAAAGCGAAUGUCGUGAAAACAACCGUGGCCAGCGCCGUGGGAGUGGGCACCACUGAUCCCGGGACAGAGAGUCACGCCAGCUCCCAGAAUGCAGAGCGACUGAGGCGGCUCAAGCUCAUGCGUCUCCGCAGACUGCGUCAGCAGAGAUUAAGAGGCCGCUCGAGUACGACUACUACUCCUACUACGACCACCACCACCACCACUACGACGACAACCACCACCACAACUCUGCCACCAGAAACAGAGAAAACAACGUCCUGGUACGACUCGUGGUUUCCCGUGGACGACUGGUCGACCGAGAACCCGUUUGACAGCAUCAUCUUUGACUCCGUGCCCACGCAGGACUAUCCCUUUGAAUUCACCAUCGAUUGAUCGCUGCACUGUACGAGUCAUGUGACACACAAAGACCUUACUCGCCACUAUGUGAUGCUGCAACAACAUCACAGCUUUAUAACGCUUUGGGUUCACAUUUGAGCAGAGUAGAAACACGAUACUGACCGCAGACCGGAUAUAAAAAGUGCACGUAGUCUUCUGUUUUGCAGUGUGAGGUUAGAAAGGAUGAAGCAGCUUAUUGUUGCAAAUAUAAUGCUUGAAAGGAAGUCUGAGGGAAAGUCUACAGCCAUGUUUCCACCAAUUGGAACGGUUCAGUUUGGUUUGGUACAGUACGGUACACCCUUCCCUUUCAAAGCGGCGUCAGCUUUGCACGCGAUCGACUACGUUGACAUUUUAUACACAGUCUGUGGAACUGACAGUUACGCACAGAGCAGCAGCACGAGCACAGACGUCAGUAACAAAAGACUCACCAUAUAAAAGCGACACUAGCGAUAUAUUACAGUCAGAUACAGUGAUUUACAUCAAUCUAGUUGUUAAUAACACAUUUGUAGUGAUGCAUUAACCACCUAGUUAUAAAAACUCAAUGAGAGCAGACACAUGCAACCCUCUCUAUCAUCCUGGUCACAUGGUGGUGGUCUCUCUUCACAUCAUUAAUUGUAAAAUGUAGGGUUUAUAGAUUGUUUAGGACUUUUCAUUUUUCCAGUAUUCCAAUAUGACCAGUAUCAGUUAAUCCCUAAUCUAACGGACGUGUCUGCUGCUUUGUGUCUUCAUCAGAUAACCUUCUGUGUGUCAGUGCCUCACUUAGAACCACCUCAAAAGUCUAGAAGACAUUUUUGAUUUUUAGAACAGAUGUGGAGCAGAAAGCCUCUGUUGAGCAGAGACUAGAAGGCUCAUGUUUAUUUGGGUUUCUGUUCAGUCAAACAAACUAAAUAUGACAACAAUACAAACAUGACACUCUUCCAUAAGAAAUCCAUGUACAUGGCAUCUUUCUUUAAUAGCUUCAUGAUGUGAUGGCUGGUCACAGUUAAACUGAAUCAAUGUAGUGUUGAAUGCAUUUUAUUAAAAUAGUUAUUUUCUAAAA